UAUAAAUACUCGCCUAACGGAAAUUUUGACGUUAUAAACCGUUCGGCAAGCCUCUUCACCGGUCGCGCUGAACGACGACUGAAUUUAUUUAAUAAAUUAUUCCUACACUAAGUUCAACAAAACUCAAUCAAAAUGCGUGAGUGCAUCUCAGUACACGUUGGCCAAGCCGGAGUCCAGAUCGGAAAUGCCUGCUGGGAGCUCUACUGCCUGGAGCACGGCAUCCAGCCUGAUGGCCAGAUGCCCACUGACAAGACCAUCGGCGGUGGUGACGACUCCUUCAACACCUUCUUCAGCGAGACUGGCGCUGGCAAGCACGUGCCCCGCGCUGUGUUCGUCGACCUGGAGCCUACAGUAGUAGAUGAGGUCCGCACUGGUACAUACAGACAGUUGUUUCAUCCAGAACAACUUAUCACUGGUAAAGAGGACGCGGCGAAUAACUACGCGCGUGGUCACUACACCAUCGGAAAGGAAAUCGUUGACCUAGUCCUCGACCGCAUCCGCAAGCUCGCCGACCAAUGUACCGGAUUACAGGGAUUCCUGAUCUUCCACUCCUUCGGUGGAGGUACCGGAUCCGGAUUCACAUCUCUCCUUAUGGAACGUCUCUCGGUUGACUACGGAAAGAAGUCCAAACUCGAGUUCGCGAUCUACCCAGCUCCCCAAGUCUCAACCGCUGUCGUCGAACCCUACAACUCCAUCCUUACUACCCACACCACUUUGGAGCACUCCGACUGCGCAUUUAUGGUUGACAAUGAGGCUAUUUAUGACAUCUGUCGCCGCAACUUGGACAUCGAACGCCCAACUUACACCAACCUCAACCGUCUGAUUGGUCAGAUCGUAUCUUCCAUCACGGCUUCACUGCGUUUCGACGGCGCCCUCAACGUCGAUCUCACAGAGUUCCAGACCAACUUGGUGCCAUACCCACGUAUCCAUUUCCCAUUGGUGACUUACGCACCAGUCAUCUCCGCCGAGAAGGCUUACCACGAGCAGCUGUCUGUAUCUGAAAUCACCAACGCUUGCUUCGAGCCAGCCAACCAGAUGGUCAAAUGUGACCCACGUCACGGAAAGUACAUGGCUUGCUGCAUGUUGUACCGUGGAGAUGUCGUGCCCAAGGACGUCAACGCGGCCAUCGCCACGAUCAAGACCAAGCGUACCAUCCAGUUCGUCGACUGGUGUCCCACCGGUUUCAAAGUUGGUAUCAACUACCAGCCACCCACCGUGGUGCCAGGCGGUGACUUAGCCAAGGUCCAGCGCGCUGUAUGCAUGUUGUCCAACACCACAGCGAUCGCCGAGGCGUGGGCCCGUCUCGACCACAAGUUCGACCUCAUGUACGCCAAGCGCGCGUUCGUGCACUGGUACGUCGGAGAGGGUAUGGAGGAGGGAGAGUUCUCAGAGGCUCGCGAGGACUUGGCUGCCCUCGAGAAGGAUUACGAAGAGGUCGGCAUGGACUCCGCCGAAGGAGAGGGCGAAGGCGCCGAAGAGUACUAGGCGUAUUCCAAUAUGUAAUAAGCGUAUUUCCGUAAUACGUUUAGCGCACUCGCACCGAAACAUUCCGGUGAAAUAAAAGAAAACUAAUAAAUUA